ACUUUGAACUGUUGGAUAGCAGCAGAAGACACUCCUGGGAAUUUCCAGUGCAGUGAGCUACACGGUCAUUUCAAAAUGGAGCAAAGCUGCACAUUCUACAGUGUUCGGUAAUGAAAGAAAAACCACUGAGGAAAAGGUUCAACCUGGAAGUGGACACAAAAUGAAAAUGUCUCUGGUGCUCCGAGCUUUUUGCUUUUUGAACCUUCUGGUCUCAACUAGAUGUGCCACCAGACUCUAUUUUUUGGGAAUUCGGGAAAUUGAGUGGGAUUACGUCCCGACUGGCAGGAAUGAAAUAACAACACAAAACUUCACAGAGGACGAAGAAGCUGCUAAUUUCCUCUCAAGAGGUGCAGAUAGGAUAGGCAGUGUUUAUAAGAAAGCAGUGUAUAAACAAUACUCUGACACCACGUACAGCACUGAAGUGACCCAGCCAGCUUGGCUCGGGUUCCUGGGCCCGUUGAUUAGAGCUGAAGUGGGGGAUGAGAUCAUCAUUCACCUGAAAAACUUUGCCUUUCGGCCCUACUCCAUCCAUCCGCAUGGUGUCUUCUACAAGAAGGACUCUGAAGGUGCUCUGUACCCAGACCUGACGUCUGGCAGUGCUAAGCUGGAUGAUGCUGUUCCUCCAGGCGGGUCCCACAAAUAUACCUGGCAUGUGGACGCAGACCACGCCCCAACGGCUGACGAUCCCAGCUGUCUGACGUGGGCCUACCACUCCCAUGUGGACGCACCUCGAGACAUCGCAUCCGGCCUGAUUGGGGCGCUGCUCACCUGCAAGCCAGGCAUCUUAGAUGGUGUGUCUUUAACUCGUUCUGAUGUGGACAAGGAUUUCCUGUUGAUGUUUAUGAACGUCGACGAGAACCUGAGCUGGUACCUCGAGGAGAAUAUUCAGAGGUUCUGCAGCGAUCCCGGGACCGUGGACCGAGAUGACGAGCCGUUCAGAGACAGCAACAUAAUGCACUCUAUCAAUGGCUACAUGUAUGGAAAUCUACCCGGCUUGGAGAUGUGUGCAGGAAACUCAAUAUCGUGGCAUUUAUUGGGGAUGGGAAGUGAGGCAGACGUCCACACGGCCUUCUUCCACGGGCAGGUACUGACUGUGAGACACCAGCGCACUGACGUGGUCAGUCUGUUUCCAGCCACUUUUGUGACUGCCGAGAUGGUGGCCAGGAACACUGGGAAAUGGCUUUUGAGCUGCAAUGAACACCUGCCAGCUGGUUUAGGAGCCCUGUUUAAUGUGAAGGAGUGUUUCAAGAUGUCUUCAGUUAAUCAUUUGAUGGAGAAAGUUCGAAAAUACUUCAUCGCUGCCCAGCAAGUGCUGUGGAAUUAUGGGUCUUCGAGGACAGAGAAAGACGCUGGGCAGGCUUUGGAAAAGGAUAGUAGCUAUUCUGAUCGUGGCGAGGACAGACUCGGUGGGGUAUAUUGGAAAGCGCAGUAUGUGGAAUAUACUGAUGAAACAUUUUACACUGAAAAACUCAGGACUGCUUCUGAAGAGCACCUGGGGAUACUUGGCCCAGUGAUAAAGGCGGAAGUCGGAGAUACGAUCUUGGUCACUUUCUUAAACAGAGCAUCCCGACCUUACAGUAUCCAGCCACAUGGUGUCAUUUACAAGAAAGAGUCUGAAGGAACCCGGUACAAUGAUGGUGUUUUGGGAGACGGGGAGUCUGUGGAACCUCUUCAGAGGUUCACUUACCAAUGGACUGUGCCUGAGUAUGCGGGACCGACCCCUAGCGACCCACCCUGUUUGACCCGGAUGUACUUCUCAGCAGUGGAUCCUGUCAGAGAUACAAACUCCGGGCUGGUAGGGCCGCUGCUCAUCUGCAAAGCUGGCACUCUGACAAGCGGGAACCACCAGAAAGACGUAGACAAGGAGUUUUUCCUGCUGUUCACAAAGUUUGACGAGAAUCUAAGCUGGUAUCUGAGACAGAGCCUGAACCACGCCUCCGUGAAUGUCAACGACAUCAAUUUCGAAGACGCUGGGUUCAAGGAAUCCAACAUCAUGAAUGCGAUCAAUGGCUUCUCUUACAACACCCUGCCGGGGCUGCAGAUGUGCCAGGGGAGCAACGUGUCAUGGCAGCUGCUGGGCCUGGGCAGUAAGGAGGAUUUCCAUUCCGUUGUGUUCCAGGGAAACACCCUCCAGCUCCAUGGCAGACACAGAGACUCGCUCACACUGCUGCCUCACAUCUCCGCAUCGGCUCUGAUGCAGCCAGACAGCAUUGGCAGUUUUGGGAUCAUCUGCCAAAUGAGUGGAAUGAAGCAGGAGUACCAGGUUCUCAAGUGUAAUGGAAACGAAGCCCCUUCACUGCCGCGCUACAGGAUGCAGCCGACCUACUACCUGGCAGCUGAGGAGAUGGAAUGGGAUUACUCUCCGGAGCGGGUCUGGGAGCUUGAGAAAAUGAACAGCUCUGCCCAGGACAGUUACGGCCACGUCUUUGUUGGCAAAGAGGAGGGUCUGAUUGGGUCAAAGUACCAGAAAGUUGUGUACAGAGAAUAUACAGACAGGACCUUUACAACACGCAGAGAGAGAGCAGCUGGCGAGGAGCAUCUGGGAAUACUGGGUCCCUUGAUCCGGGCUGAGGUUGGAGAUAUUAUUUUGAUAGUUUUUAAAAAUAAAGCCUCCCGCAAGUACUCUCUACAUACGCAUGGUGCCCAGGAGACCAACAGAGGCGAUAUCCCUGCUGCUCAGCCAGGGGAGAUUAUUACAUACAGAUGGAAUAUCCCAGAGAGGUCUGGACCCGGCCCGGCGGACUCUGCUUGUAAUGCAUGGGCCUAUUACUCUAUGGUAGACCCAGUAAAGGAUUUGCACAGCGGCUUGAUUGGCCCUUUAAUCACAUGUCGGAAAGGUACCCUUAAUGCAGAGGGAACCAGGAAAGACGUUGACAGAGAAUUCAGCCUCCUCUUUUUAAUUUUUGAUGAGAAUCAGUCAUGGUACCUUGAGAAAAAUAUAAAAAUGUACAACAAAAAAGAAAUCAGUGAAAUCAGUCAGCAAAAUGAAAGGUUUCGUGAAAGCAAUAAAAUGCAUGCAAUAAAUGGGAAGAUUUACGGUAAUUUACACGGACUUGCAAUGUAUGAAGGAGAACGAGUAGACUGGUAUCUCCUAGGAAUGGGACAAGAGAUUGACAUUCAUACAGUCCACUUUCAUGCUGAGAGCUUUACAUAUAUGGACGGGACACCCCACCGGGCAGAUGUGUUCGACUUGUUCCCGGCCACCUUCCAGACGAUCGAGAUGGCCGUCAACAACCCGGGCACCUGGCUGCUUCACUGCCAUGUCACCGAUCACAUCCACGCAGGCAUGGAGACCACGUACACCGUGCACCCCAAGAGAGAGUUUGUGAUUGAGACAUUCGGCAUUCCAGUUGCAGACCCAGGACAGGGGAAGAUCUCACUGUUUGGGAUGAGCCUGUCAAAUGACGAAGCAGAGCUUGCGUUGACCAUCGCUCUGGUUGGAGGCAUUAUUCUUCUUCUCAUCUCCCUAGUCCUUGUGGGAGUACUGGCUAUCGUCUCAAGAAAGAAGAAGCGAAAUAGGGGCUACCUUGUACCCCAUUCCUUACUCCUGCCAUAGUGAAAUUAAAUAACCAACGUUGAUACAGUACAUUUUACAUAUUUAUUGAAAUCUAAACAGAUGGUAAAAUCAGAAGACUUGAAUUUUCCAGCAUUUGUUACAGGCACUCUCUGGAGUUCCAUCUGCUCAAGUCAGCGAGCGCUAAUUGAUUCCCCAGAUGCACGAUGGACUGAAAACAAGAUGUCAGUACUUUCUUGAUAUCUUCUUCAGUUCAUUGGCUUCUGUGUACUCUUAUUUAUGAGAAUUCAUCCUUUCUGCCUCGGACAAUGUUAGGUUGACGCAAGCUGUUGUGUGAUGGUCUGAUUUAUUGCGUCCUAGUUGUUCUGUUGUCAUGAUGUUAAUCUCUCAGCACAAAUGUAGCAUGUACCAUCUUUCUAAUAUUUGAACAAUGAGAAGGAAUACAGUCUGGAAAUCACUUUCUCUAUCCACUGUUACUGGCUCUUUCAUUUUUUAUUCUUGAUGGGGUUUUUUUGUUUUUUUUGCUAAUGGAUUUUACCAAUACCAACUCCUACAGUACAGUACUUUAGUCGAUUUGAAUCAGGCUUUAAAACAAACACACGCCCACACAAACACUCACACACAAACACACGCCCACACAAACUCUCACACCCUCACAAACAAACAAGCCCACACGUUCUUUACUAUUCAGGGUGGAUAAUACGUGCAGAAUGUUGUGCUGUCUUCAUUAAAUUACCACAUGCUUUCAUAUAAUAGAGAAAAUGUCCUCCAUGUCUGAUUCAAACAGUUCAGUGGUGCCCUGUAUAAGAUUUAAUUAGGUAACAGUUAACAGCAGUGUUGCCUAUCUGAAGGGGCACACCUCUGUCAUCUCAUUGUCUUCCAAUCAAUGCCUGAUCACUGUAUGACCCUUUCCAGGAGACUCUCAGUAAGCGUAUGCUUCGAUUUGCUUACUGAGAUAUAAUAUGAACCAAAACCUACUGCUGACUGACAAGACACGUAGAGAGCAUGGCAGGCAACACAGAACAAUACUCAUGUCAGCCUGUUAGGAAAAGUGACACAAGAUCUGUUUUAUACAGUGACUGGCCCUCAAGUUCUACCGACCUGCUGCAAGAUCUUUUGUUGUAACAGUAGAGAGGACAAUCAAGGCUGAUGAAUAUUAGGUCCCAUACAGUAUCACCCUAUAAGGAAAAGUCUUUUCAAACUUGCUUUCCUGCUCAAUAAUAGUGUUGUGUGGAAAUAAUAAGCUCAUAUGAAGUUAUAUGAAGGUGAGCUUCACAAAUGAAUCCGGUAAGACGGUCUAUCCAACAUAUUCAUAAGUAAGAAAAACUUUACCUUUGUAGAUUAUUACCGGAUUCAUGCUUGAACUAAUUGGAAAGCACUGACCCUGAACUACAUGACUAGAAUUUGUUUUAAUAACAUCUUAUGUUCUAGUUCUUGCUUCUACAGAACGCUUGAUAAAAAUAGGAAUGGAUUUUCACUCAAAGACUGAUAGCAUCAGUUCCAUUUUGAAAUUCAAUUUUAGUCCAACCGUAUCAAUUAGGCUAAUAGGAAGCAUAGCCUGUAGCACUUUGGUGCUGUUACUGCCCUUUUAAGGACAUUUUAUUUCAUUAAAGUCUACAAAUAUAUUUUCUGUGUCCCUUCCUUUCAAUUAAUUGUGUUUUCCCAGUCACUCUUAAUGGCACAUCUGAUUACUGCAGUGUUGCAUUUAGUGCUGUGCUGUAAAUUAUAAAAGCAGCAUGUUUAUUUGAAGUGUUCACUAAUGCUUUCAUCUUUUAUUUCUUGUUAGCUGGAAGGAGACUUCAGCUGUCACGUUUCUUAUAGUUAUUACAUAAGAAUUUAUUAUUGGGUGUCUGUGGUUAUGGAUGAAUUCAAAACUAUUUUAUUUAUGUAUUUAUUCAUUCUUUAACAGAAAUAAACCUGUUGAGACUGAGGCCUCUGUUACAAGUGUCCAGGCAAGAUGACCAGAAACAGACAGCAGUAAUUUCACAUCACUAAAAACAAGAACAUCACUCUAAAACUAAACAAUAUCAAUCAAUGUGGGAUCAGAAACAUUUACACUUCAAUAAUUCAUGGAACCUACUCAAUAAAUAUACAUGUAAUCUUAGUCAUGGUUCUACUUUUAACUGAUACUAUUGUGUUAUUUAUCUGAUGCAACUCGUCCCAGCGGGCUAUGUGAUUACCGAGCCAGCUGGUCACCUUGCACUGAUGUUCAUGAAAAAAGAAACUUCAUAAAGAGCCAUGCAGCUGAGCACUGUAGCAUUAUCUUUGUCUCGGGGAUGGGCUGAGAUUGGGUUAGAGACAGAAAAGUGCUGCAAAAUCACACGGUCACACAAAAUCAAUUCCAGCUACCUAGAGAAGAGUCUGUGUGGAAAUGCCUUGGGGUCAUGUCACUGUAAUAUUAUCACAAAGAGGGAAGAGCAUUGGUGACCAUUAAUGCUGAUGUUGGCUACAGUGUCCCUGAACAUAAUGGUAGUCCUACACUUUAGUUUAUUGGAACGUUAUAGACA